AUGGCCCGAAGCUAUGCUGGUUACUGUUGUGGUUCGAAGCAAGCCCGUGGCAUUGCGGAGGGCUGGACUGGGCUGGGCUGGGCUGGGGGCGUUGGAGCCCGGAUGGGCGCCGACGGAGGGGCGACGGACGACAGACGACGGACGAGAAACGCCCAAGCCUGGCACUCGCUGCUGUGGGCUGUCGGUCGUGGCCGGCCUGGACGUUGA